CUGCUCAUCUCUGAGAAAUCCAGCUGUGUCUCACCAUGGAUGCCACAGCCUGUAAUGAAUCAGUGGAUGGCUCACCCAUCUUCUAUCUGGUGGGCAUCCCCUCUCUGCCAGAGAUCUUCUUCUUCCCUGUGUUUUUUAUUUUCCUCCUCUUCUACCUUCUCAUCCUGAUGGGUAAUGCCCUGGUUCUGGUGGCCGUGGUGGCAGAGCCCAGCCUCCACAAGCCCAUGUACUUCUUUCUGAUCAAUCUCUCCACCUUGGACAUCCUUUUCACCACAACAACUGUCCCCAAGAUGCUGUCCCUAUUCUUGCUUGGGGACCGCUUCCUCAGCUUUUCUUCCUGCUUACUGCAGAUGUACCUCUUCCAAAGUUUUACAUGUUCAGAAGCCUUCAUCCUGGUGGUCAUGGCCUAUGACCGCUAUGUGGCUAUCUGCCACCCACUGCACUACCCUGUCCUCAUGAACCCACAGAUCAAUGCUACCUUGGCAGCCAGUGCCUGGCUUACUGCCCUCCUCCUGCCCAUCCCAGCAGUAGUAAGGACCUCCCAGAUGACAUACAACAGGAUUGCCUACAUCUACCACUGCUUCUGUGAUCAUCUGGCUGUAGUCCAGGCCUCCUGCUCUGACACCACCCUCCAGAUCCUCAUGGGCUUCUGCAUCGCCAUGGUGGUGUCCUUCCUCCCCCUUCUCCUGGUGCUUCUCUCCUAUGCCCACAUCCUGGCCUCGGUGCUUCGCAUCAGUUCCCGAGAAGGACGGGCAAAAGCCUUCUCCACCUGCAGCUCCCACCUCCUGGUGGUGGGCACCUACUACUCAUCUAUUGCUAUAGCCUACGUGGCUUACAGAGUUGACCUGUCCCUUGACUUCCACAUCAUGGGCAAUGUGGUAUAUGCCAUUCUUACACCAAUUCUCAACCCCCUCAUUUACACUCUGAGAAACAGGGAUGUAAAGGCAGCCAUCACCAAAAUCAUGUCUCAAGACCUAAGCUGUGACAGGAGCAUUUGACCUUUAAAUGCAGCUAAUUCUGCUUCCAGGAC